AUGAUAAACUGCCAAUAAAAUCAACGAUAAAAUUUUUACAAUUUUGUAUUUGGAUUUAAUAAGGAACAAAGAUCUACUUCAAUGAAAGUGGAAAGAAUUAAAUAGACAACAGAAAUCAACGAAAUAAAACAAGAGUUUUAUAAAGGAUUGUAAUUAGGAAAGACAAGUGAAAAUGCAUUGAGAAUUAUUCAUUUGAAAUUAGAAAAACAAAGAUUUAGAAGAAAAUCAUUUGAAACAAAGACAGAGGUAGAGGAUGAACACCUUCCUUAAGUGCAAUAAGCUUCGAAACCUCCUCUACCUCGAAAGACCAUUAUUGCUAAUAAAGAAAAUAUAAUUCAAUUGCCAAAUAUCAUUUCAAAGUAAAAAGAGGUUGCAAAAUAGACUUAACAAAAAAAGAGGAGACUGUCUUAAAGAAUAAAAAUGAAAAAAAGUGAACCAACACUUGAAUUUAGCCCUUGGGAGAAUAAUGAAAAUUAAGAAUUCGAUUUUUUUUGA